AUGUCUGAGUCAGCCAUCAAAAAGGUUUUGGUUGUGGGAGCCACUGGCAAUGUCGGUAAAUCAACAUUGAAAGCAUUGUCAGAAGACGGAUUCCAAGUCACUGGACUGAGUCGACAGGUGCCCUCGGAAAGUGCCCUCGGUGACGUGAAGCUCCUUCAGACUGACUACUCUGCUUCUUCACUGCUCGAGGCUUUCAGAGGCCAAGACGCAGUCGUCAGCGCGGUCUCCAGCACCGCGCCCGGGUCACUUGAGCUUCAAAAGUCUUUGAUCGAUGUUGCCAUCGCAGCAGGCGUGAGGAUCUUCGUCCCCUCCGAGUUCGGCAUGGACACCUCGGUUCGCUCAGCACCCAACUUCAUCCCGUUUCUCGCAGAGAAAAUCGCCGUCCUCGAUUACCUCAAAGAACGCCAGGACAAGAUUUCGUGGAUUGCUGUCGUCACGGGGGCGAUGUUCGACUGGGGAUCCAAAAUUCCAGUAUUUUUGGGAUGGAAUGUGAAUGCUCGUACUGCCACAAUAUACGAUGGUGGAGACAUCUCCUACGACGCCACAAACCUGGACCAGGUUGGUAGAGCUAUAGCCAAGAGCUUGAAGAAGCCCGAGCUCACCAAGAAUCAAUACGUCUAUGUGAACAGCUUCACAGUGACGCAAAAUGAGAUUCUGAGAGCCCUGGAGAAGGUCACUGGCGAGAAAUUUACCAUAUCUCAGGGCACUGUUGAAGACCUUUGGCAGGGCGGAGCCGCGCAGUUGAAGGAAGGCAAGCCACUAGGAGUAUUGGGUAUGCUCGCCGGAACCGUUUAUGGAAAGGGAAGAAUCUCGAAUUUCUCGGCUACUCAAGUCUUAUGGAAUGUGAACAUCGGCUCGGCGCAAGAAAACCUGGACGAGUCGCUCAGGAGCUUGAUAUCGGGGGGCAAGUGA